AUGUCAACGGAAUUAAAAGAAAUACUUGGUUCAUACAAUGGUAUUUUAUUCAAAGAGGAAGCGUUAAGCCCAGUGUUUUGUAAACCGAAACUAAUUCCGUUAAAAUCGGUGACUAUGAAUAAACUGGAAGAAAUCCAAAGGGAAUCGUUGAUAAAAAUGAAAGAAGCAAUCGAAAAUGCCAGUUGCGAUAAUGAAACAAAAGAGGCAAAUAUUUUAGAAUCAAAUGGUCAACAAUCUGCAAACCAACAAAUUAAAGCGGAUAUAUGGUGUGCGAAAUCUGAUAAAGAUGAAUGUUAA